CGGGAGAGGCUGGAGAGGCUCUCGGCAGCCGCAGGAACAGGAGGAAGAGGAGGAAGAGGAGGAAGAGGAGGAUGAAGUUCUGCGUCCGGAGAGCCGGAGCUCAGCUCACUUCCCUCCGUCUGAGCUGAAACUGGAAACUUUUGGAUGCUCCUUCUCCCCCCUGGAACCGGUUCUCCGUCUGAAAAGACUACCGGCCCCGCCCCCACCAUGAGCGACAUCUACGAGUCCGCCGCCAACUCCCUGGGCCUCUUCAGCAGCCCCUGCCUCACCAAGGUGGAGCUGCGCCUCACAUGCAAAGGCAUCUCGGACCGGGACGCUCUGUCCAAGCCCGACCCCUGCAUCGUCCUCAAGAUGCAGUCCCACGGACAGUGGAUGGAGGUGGACCGGACGGAGGUUCUCCGCAGCUGUGUCAACCCCAGCUACUCCAAGGUCUUCACGCUGGACUUUUACUUCGAGGAGGUUCAGCGUCUGCGGUUCGAGCUCUACGACAUCAACAGCAGCCACAACGGGCUCCGGGAGGCCGACGUGCUGGGCUCGGUGGAGUGCACGCUGGGCCAGAUCAUCUCCCAGAGGAAACUGUCCAAAGCUCUGCUGAGGCCCGGCGGAACCGUCGGCAAGACCAUCGUCACGAUCUCAGCCGAGGAGCUGACGGGGAACGACGACUACAUCGAACUCUCCUUCAGCGCCAGGAAGCUGGACGACAAGGACUUCUUCAGUAAGUCAGACCCGUUCCUGGAGAUCUACAGGGUGAACGACGACGCCACCAUGCAGCUCGUCUACAGAACCGAGACCGUCAUGAAUAAUCUCAAUCCCAUGUGGAAAACCUUCAAAGUCUCCCUGAACUCGCUCUGCAGCGGAGACCACGAACGCAAGCUGCAGUGCACCGUCUGGGACUGGGACUCCAACGGGAAGCACGACUACAUCGGCGAGUUCGAGGCCACGUUCAAGGAGAUGAGAGGAGCCAUCGACGGGCGACAGGUGCAGUGGCCGUGCAUAAAUCCCAAAUACAAAGUCAAGAAGAAGAACUACAAGAACUCGGGGAUCGUUAUCCUGAGCCAGUGCAAGGUCAUAAAGAUGCAUUCGUUUCUGGAUUACAUCAUGGGAGGAUGCCAGAUACAGUUCACUGUCCGGUUCAGAACCUGGUCUUGGUCUCUGCAGGUGGCCAUCGACUUCACGGCGUCCAACGGAGACCCCCGGAACAGCUGCUCGCUGCACUACAUCCACCCCUACCAGCCCAACGAGUACCUGAAGGCCCUGGUGGCCGUGGGGGAGAUCUGCCAGGACUACGACAGUGACAAAAUGUUCCCGGCGUUCGGCUUCGGAGCUCAGAUUCCUCCCGACUACAAGGUCUCCCACGACUUCGCCGUGAAUUUUAACGAGGACAACCCGGAGUGUGCAGGUAUCCAGGGAGUGGUGGAGGCCUACCAGGCCUGCCUUCCCAAGCUGCAGCUCUACGGCCCCACCAACAUCGCCCCCAUCAUCCAGAAGGUUGCCAAAACUGCCUCGCAGGAGGUCCACACCAAAGAGGCCAUGCAAUACUUCAUCCUGCUGAUCCUGACGGACGGCGUCAUCACCGACAUGGCGGACACGAGGGAGGCCAUCGUCCAGGCCUCCCACCUCCCCAUGUCCGUCAUCAUCGUCGGGAUCGGGAACGCCGACUUCAGCGACAUGCAGAUGCUGGACGGCGACGACGGGAUCCUGCGGUCCCCGAAAGGAGAGCCCGUCCUUCGGGACAUCGUCCAGUUCGUCCCCUUCCGCAACUUCAAACAUGCCUCUCCGGCGGCUCUGGCGAAGAGCGUGCUAGCAGAAGUGCCCAACCAGGUGGUUGACUACUACAACAGCAAGGGCAUCAAGCCCAAAGUGCCCAGCGCCUACCAGUCUUCCCGGCCGUUCGGCCCCUGAGCCCCCACGGCCGCCUCUCAUGGACUGAGCCAAAUGUUUACCGUCUCUCGUUCUUUGUUUAUGCGGAUGCUGAAGGUGCUACACACAGUUUUACUGCAGAAAACGUCUCACUCAGACCUUCAAGAUGGAGCUUCUCAGACUUUAGAUGGAGGCCUUCCUGGGUCCACGUGGUCAUGAGGGACCAAGGCAUCGUUUUAUCUUAUUUUAUCCAAAACAAUCACGUCAGGUCUCCUUUUUACGGAAGAGUAUUAGGGUAAAUAUGA